UUGAUUGAGAUUGUAUACAAACAAACAUCUAUGUUGAUUAAUUUCUUUUUGGUUGGUUGGUUGUUUCCACUUGAAAAUUUUCGAACUGUUUGCCUUGUGUCUAUGCUACAUCAUCAUAAAUAACGGCGUUGUUGUUGUUGUUGUUGCAGUGUUUUCACAAUAUAUAAAAAAAACCUCACAUCACAUAUGAUUUAUUUCACAUCAUAGUCAAAAAUCUUCUUUACGUUGAUAGUUUUCUACAAAUCAUGUUUGCAACGGAAAAAUAUCCAUUGAAUCAAUUGAAUAUUGAUGAAAUUGUUACCAGUAUUGAUGAUGGUUUGAAAAAAUUAUUUGAAUAUUGUCAUGUUACCUUGGAAGAAUGUCCCGAUCUAACAAAACCACCAUUUAAUCUUGCUGCAUCGGGUUUAUGUGGACAUCCAUCAAUAGCUGAUAUUGGUUCAGUUUCUAAUCUUGCACCUGUACCGGAUAGGAAAAAAAUCUAUACAUUUGAACAUAUUGCUCAUAUUGUUACCAAUGGUAUCGAUAUGAAUAAUUGUUUUAUGAUUGGUGCUGGUGCUGGACCAUUUCAUAAAGUUGGAAAUAAUUGUGAAUUAAUGCCCAAUAUUUUAAUGCAUAAAAAUGGUGAUCAUUUUGAAGUGGCCAAUAAUAAUACCUAUUAUGCUGAUAUUUUUGAAAAUAAUUAUCGUCUUUUAAAAUGUGAACAUACAGAAUUUGGUCUAAUGAGUAAUCUAUUCAUAUCGGAAGGUAAACCGGGUAAAGUUAUUAAAAUUGUUGUUGAAAAACGUUUGGGCAAAGAAAAUUUUACCGAAUCAAUUCAAAAAAUUUUACGAGAAAAAUUUCCAAAAAUACCGAUUAGUUUGGGUGGUGUAUUUAUUAUCGAAAAAGGAAAAGCUAAACUACAUAUUAUGCCAGAUUUUUCACCAGAACCAUUACCAUCAUUAGAAUCAGUUGAUAAAUGGUUACGUUAUUUUGAUAUGGAUCCACCAUUAAUCUGUUUGACAACAUUUCAUUCCGAAGAUCCAGGAUUAGAUUUACGUAUGGAACAUACACAUUGUUUUAGUGAUCAUAAUCAAGGUGGUCAUUAUCAUUAUGAUACAACACCGGAUAUUAUUCGUAUGACUGCUUAUUUAAAUGUUGCUGAAGCCAUCUAUCGUAUUGAUCGACCAACUAAAAAAUAAUAAAUAAUAAAAAUUUCAUUCAACAGAUGGCGAUAAAUGAAUGAAUGGUCCAAAUAAAAAAAUAAUCCAAAAAAC